AUGGUCGAGAAGAACAAUGGAUUGUUGAUGGAGCCAAUCAACAACGACGAUAAGGACGGCCACAACAGUGAGAAUAAGAAGGCGGAGCUCAUCGCCGUCAGCCGCCAGCUCUACAGGGAAAAGAAGAACGACAAUGCGUUGAUUAUAAAGAAGUCAACAAUGCCACCUGGUGUGCAAAGGGUCCUCAAGUCACCUCCCUCCCUCGCGCCGCCAGCACCACCCCCACCCGUCCUCUCCCCUCCUUCCAUAGCGCCGCCCCGGGCCGCCCAUCGAUCCGAGCGCGCGACCGCAUCCCUGCGUCCUCUCCUCUGCUUCCAAUCGCGCCACCCAUCGAUCCGAGCCCGACGACGCCAGAUCCGCAGCCCACCUCCCCCCAUCUUUCGCUCCCCCUCUCCGCCUCCCACAGCAGAUCGAGCGCGUCGCCCAACUUCACAGGUCGCAGAUGCACCGCCGCCCUGCAGCCUCGACGUCGCGGCCGGCUGGCUCGCCGGCGCGCGCCUGCUUCGAUGCCCGCUGCUCCGUCGAGCUGGCCGAACCGCGUCGGCGCGUGACCUAGGGUUUGUGGUGGCUUUGCCCCCACGCCGGCCACGGCUCUCCGGCAACCAGGACGGGGACGGCGUCGACCGGAUCCUCGCACGGCCGUCGUCAACCUGGCGCUGCAGGGAGGGGUUUGUUGUCUCCUCGGAGGAGGGGACGGCCGUGUUCACCUUGCAGUUAAUCCCGUCUGCCGCUGAUUCACCGGCCUCCUCCACCGGCAUCUCUGCAAGAUCGCCCGACGCCAGGAAAGCCGUGGAUGCGCCGCAUCGCAAGCCUGCCGUGCUGCUCCUUCUGCCCGCGUCUUUCCUCGACCACGUCUCCGACCUACAUCCAACUGCUCCUGCCUCGGCCCUCAUAAACUUAGCUCCUGGUGAGCUGCUACAGACGCUGUACUGGAGCAAGGACCCUGAGGAAAGCAACUGCACUCGGUUUUGGAAGAUCUUAUUGAAGCUAACAUGUCAUUUAGUUCUACCUUGUUUACUUCUAAAUAAAUCUUGAGCUAUCUUAGUUGAUCCCUUCCUUGUAAGAAAUUUGUCAGUAAAUUUGUAAAAGCAUAUACUGUUUUGGAGUAUGCUAUCCUUUUUGGAUAGCAUACUGUUUUGAGACUAUGCAUUUUGGAGUAUAUUUUUAAAAGCAUAUACUAUUUUGGAGUAUGCUAUCCUCUGUGGAUAGCAUACUGUUUUGAGAGUAUGCAUAUUUGUAAAAGCAUAUACUGUUUCAGAUCAUGCCUUGUAAUAAAUUUGUGAUUAUUACUUGUAAUAUAUGUUGAGCUAUUUUCGUUGAUCCAUGGCUUCUCUUACUUUGUUAAUUUUUUAUCAUAUGAACCAAGAUCAAGUGAUUAUUGAAUUCAUUUUUCUCUUAAAAAAGCACAUACCAGUUUAAUAUGAAUCUGUUGCUGUUGUGGAAAAAAAUAAAAAUAGAUGCAUCAUUUUCCUAAUUCUGAAUCUGUUCCCAUACUUAAAACAUCAGUUUGAAUUACAUGUUGGAGCCCUUAUAAUUUUGGUAUAUCAUGCAUGUCAUGUUACUGAAAUACAUUUGUUCGGUGCUUCACAUUUGGAAGAUUCUAUGCUUCAGGUUUUAGAAAAUUGUGAACCUUGCAUCUCUAUAAUGUUUUUUCCCAAUACUGUUUCAUCCUUCCAUGCACUACUGCUUCAAUGUUGUCUAUGAUAACAUGUUAGCUUCACACUAUCCAACAAAAAUGCAUUAGCAUCCUUCUUCUUGUCCAUGGCUUGUGCACCUCCACUAUUUUAAUUGCAGGAUUGCUGACGAGUCCUGGGUGUGGAUGUGCAACACAUAAUUGUACCGAAGCCCUACGAAGGCAAGGCACGAGCAUCGCACCCAUGGGGUGGUCCAAUACAAUGUCGAAAGUAUGUUCUUCUACCCCAUUGCUUCUGGUAUCCACACAAUAUGUUACGCUGGGUGCAUGGUAAUAAAGGUUUGAACUUGCUAUCUUUGCAAUGUAUGAGCAUCAUGAGAUUGUGUAGCACUGUGAUCUAAAAGUUUGUACCAACAGUAGUUUGAUUGCUGUUUGUACUGGUUGGUUGAUUUUUAAUUAAUGGCAGUCCUCCCCUGUCUUGAAAAACUUUUUGUACUUGAUACUUGUUUUCAUGUUAGUUCAUGCACUCAUCUGAUACAGAUUUUUGAUUUUGUUUAGUUCUGGAUACACUAGUUCAGAAUGUUGGCUUGAUCUGGAUGUUUUUUUUGAAAGCUGCUUGAUCUGGAUGUUGCUAAUAAAUAAUAACCUUUUGUUUCAAUCGUCAUUUAGAAUGGCGUGGAGAGUGAUUGGUACGUACCAAGUUGUUGUGGUCACUCAAUUCAUUUUUUAAUUUGUUAUGGCCCCUAUUCUGUUCUCUGAAAGAAGUGUGAAGUGAUGAAUGUGCAUUGACUUCUGUAUGCUCAAUAAAUAUAUGAAGUUGUCAAAUGUUCUUAUUAUUUUCCUGUCCUGUCUGUUAAUUAAUGGGCUCUUAGCCUAUUCUAUCCUGAUCAUUCUAAAUCACUUAUGAAAUACUGUUGUCAGUUUUUGGCAUGCGGCCAUGUUCUAGAAUCGUAUGGAUUAUCUAUAUGUAUUUCACAUUAUGCAUUUAGUAAUAUUGUUAGUUCAGCAGCACUUCCCCAAUAUCAUGGGUUUUAUGGCCUACUUGUCAUAUACAUCUCCAAGGUGUGUUCUUCCACUCCAUUGGUUCUAGUAUCCACAUGCUGUUAAGCUGCUAGCAGGGGAAAACAUGUUUAAACUUGUAUCUUUGCAAUGUAUGAGAGUAUCCUGAGAUUUUGUAGGACUGUGAUGGUCUAGAAGUUUAUAUCAACUGUUUGAUUGUUGUUAGUACUAGCUGAUUAAUUUUCAAUUAUCAACAGUCACUCCCCUUGAUAAUGUUUUUGCUUGCUUCACUUGAUGCAUGUGUUUCAUGUUAAUGUGCUCGUCUGUAUUGGAUGCUGGUACAUGUUUAGUUCUUACCUACUCCUAAGACUGUUUUGACGUGUCUUAAUACCUUUGGUAGAUUUACUUUGUUAAGGAGGAGCAUCCAACUAGUAGACCACCUAUUCAGAGCAUAUCUUUACAAAGUUUUAAUGGGAUACAUCUCUGUUUUGCAGUUUAAUUGGAUUCUACAGUUCAGCUUUGUUGGUGGUUACAGCAGCAGAGGAAAUUUGAGCAAUAGGACAAUUCAUCGAAGGAAAUACCAAAAUAGUGGUAAAGCGGGUGAUGCAGAGUGGUGAAGCGGGUUCUACAUUGAUGUGAACGUGUGUGUUCUAUUUUAUCAAUGUAACCUUUUUUUAGAAUCAUGUAAGCAUUUUUGUUGUUCAUGGUUGUUUGGGUGCCUAACUAAUUUAUUCUAUGGAACAAGAACAUCAAAUGGCUGA